CCGCCAAAAACGGGCAGGGAAAAAAGCUUUCGGUGGGUCCAUCUCCAGCAGCGUAUAGAUUGCUGUUUACCAUUCAUCUUCCCAUCUCACAUACAGACUGGCCCACCCGCUCGCCGGCAUCGAACACUGGGCGCUGCGUACCCAGCCCCCGCCACUUCACCACCCCUCGGACCAUCAACACCGCCAAGACGCGUCCAUCGCGACGCUCCUCCCUUUUCUGCGAAACGAUUAGACGCCUCUGGCUUUCAGAAGACCCAACAUGUCCAGCCACCAACACUUCCACAACGAUACACCCUUCGGCCCCACUGACUUCAUACCAGCGUACUUGCUGCCUUAUCAGAUAAACCAGCAACCCCAGGCUUCUGCUUCUGCUUUCCACUAUUUGGCGCCAGAGCUGUUUCAGUCGUCUCCUGCUUCCCAUAUCGGCACCAGCCAAAGCCAAUCUUCGUCAGACGGGCCUGCACCACAGGGCAACUGGGCUUCUCCGUGGGCGAAUGAGCAGGAUUGGGCGACGGCUUCGAGGUCGUUGAUGGCUCAACCGGGUCCAAGCGAAAUUGCGCCACAGCAUCUGCGUUUGGCAGGGGAGGCUUAUGAUAACAACCCGCGCGGUAACUCGCGCGAUUAUGCUGGUACCGACCUUGCAAGCGGGAAUUUAAAUGAAUUCGUUCCUCAGUAUUAUCUAUCAAUGCCCCUCGGUGGACCUAGUUUUGGUGACUUCACUGCCCAAUACGGGAAUUGUCCACCAAACGCAACGUCAUCCACUUCUCAGCUACUAGCAAGCACGUUGUCGCCCCUGCAGUCUGCCUCGCUUGGAGCAAGCACCAUGCAGUCUGAAGCGAGCAAGGAGCCCCCCGCGUCCACCGUCGAGUUUGGUAACAAGUAUCAACAACUGCUUGCUUCCAAGCUGUUGGAUGCUCCGGUAUCGCUCCCAUCACAAAUGACAGCCCCUGCGACAUUUGGGCAGUUUUCGCCGCCAGGUCAUUCAGAUAGCAACAGAUACGAGCAGCUCAUCGACUUGAAGAUGAAGGCUUCGACGAUGGAGGCCGCUAGGAGCGAUAGCAGAGAUACGUCUCGCGAAAUGGCACAAUUCAGGAAAUCGUUGCUCGAAGAUGGCUGCGGGAUGAUGGACAGUGGGUCCGUGCCGACGAUGGCCAGGACCAAUACCACCUCAGAGAAAAGUCAACAACGAAUCUACGGCGGUGGGGCACUCCCGCUUGCCAGUAGUCGAUCUGAAAUAUCAAUGCUUCAGCCUCUGCCUGAUGUUGCCUCUCGCUUGCUCGACUAUGCGAAUGCGCAACCAUGGUCAUUCCAGCCCAUCGCCUCUCUUGACUCGGAGACUCAUCUCGCAGACUAUCUCCCCCAACCACUGCACAACAGUCAAACACGCGCAACGGCAGAAGUACUCCAGUCUUAUCACAAAGCAUUCGGUUUCCCCGGCGGUCAUGCCGAAAGUACUGGUCCCUCCUUGGUCGGCUCUACUAUAGGCGAGUGGCCUAUGACUGCUACGAGUGCGUCGCAGACUCAGACCGUCGACCAAACAUCAUCAUCAUCCCGUUCCGACUCUUUCCCCUUUUCCACGCCCAAAUUCUUCGCGCCCCAAUCUCAAAAUAAACCCCUUCACACCCCCAAGGCUAUACUCCCCACCACCCGUGCGGACGCGCCCGCCCCAACUCCAGGGAGUCCCAACCCUCCCUUGCUCAUCAUCCGAGUGCACGAAACCAAGAGCCUCCCUCCAAGCGCUAGCGACUUGCAAGAAGCGAACGUAACGCCCGUCAUCAGGAUCAUCCCCUCCAGGAUGGGCCCCGCCAAACCUUCUUCCCCGCGCAAGCUGGGUCAGCCCGCGUAUAAGAGCAACAUGUUUACCGAAGCGCAGGUCGUUAAGAAGCGCGGCAGGCCUAGGAAGGAUGAGGUGUCGUUGCAGGCGAGCUUUGAUAUUCUGGCGAAGAGGAAGGGUGAAGAGGAGGAUGGGGAGAGUGAGGGGGAGGAUCUUGAGAGUGGGGAUGAGGAUGGGUAUGAGGAUGGGUAUGGGAAGGAUGGAGAGAAGAGGAAGAGGACUCGGAAGAAGACGUCUAUUGCGUGCAACUUUUGUCGCUCAAAGAAACUCAAAUGCAAUGGCGUACGCCCAAUCUGCUCUGUAUGCGCCCGCCGAAACGAGGGAGACUGUGUUUUUGAGACCGCCCUGCGCCGACGCGGUCUUGCCAAAAGCCGCAAACCUGCUCGCUUCCGUAUCCCUCCCCUCAGCAUUGACACGCCUCUGCCCGACUUUGUGAGCGGGACGGACCUUUCCAGCGGGGUCUCUUCAGCGCGAUAUGACUUUUCUACGCCUACGCCGGCGGUGAAGGGGUUGAGGGAGGGCGAGCAGGGCUUUGGGGGGGCGAAGUGAGUCAUGAGUAGGGGAGAGUGGGUGCUGGAUCGGCAUCGCUCAAGAUUCUGAUUCGAAGCGGUAAAGUCGGACCCCAAUGGGGCGCGAGCGGGGGAAUAUCAACGGGCUGGUGUGAGCGCCCUUCAUAAUCUAAUACUUCCUGAUCUGUCAUAAUAUAUCUUUGUACUCUUCUGUAAUAAUUCUUCUUCUGUCUGUAGCCAUUCUCAUAUGGUUGUGUUUCUUUCCGCUGCUGCUUGCGAUAGUAAUCAUCACGUUGUUCUCGACAUACAUCAUGUACACAUUCCAUCACUUCCCUAGAGAAUCGUUCAAUGCGCUCGGCGCGAAAGCAUCAUCACCAGUAUGUACAAAGGUUGUAAUCGUACAGCCAGAUUGUGAAUCCCGAGUACGCCUUCAUGGAAA